CAGCGGCAGUCAACCACCAAGCCUGUGGUCCCCGUCUUGUGAAGGCUUGACGGUCAUCAAAACACGCAGCUGACCGACUUGGCUGGGCUCUUUUGGAGGUUCAACUGAUAACGCACCUAUCAUAGGAGCCAUAUCGUCGUAAUCUUCUCAUUACCAUCAACCACACGCUCUUCCUUUCCCUCUCGUCAUCUUCUCGCUCCGUCUUCUAUCUGUCUCCCUCUCGCUCGAGUAUAGACAACCCUCCCGGUCCUCUAUGCGCGCCAUUCGGCUCCUGAAUAUCUGUUCUCUCGCCUUUCCCAAUUGAUUUGCCGCCCUUGCAUUCCGCUCUCGACGCCUUCUCCACCCUGCCCUGCGACGGCAGUCAUACUACUUAACCCUAGGCGAUCCGGCGUUUCCGACACCUCGAUGACUACAUAGCGCUGUCGGUUGCCUCCAAGACACGAUGGCGAGCUCUGACCGAGAAGGAAGCACGGCAUCGCAGCCUAGCGGUGGGGUAGCGGGAACAGCAGGGCCUUUAGGUGUGCCGCUAUCGUCCUCGCCCGGCUCCCAACGGAGUCGUACGUACAGUACUUCCGUGCCUCGCGCCGAUGUGACAGCCCGCCUAGCUUCCCCCAUACCGUCGCUCCCCCUGGGAACUUCACCGACGCAGAGGUUGCAAGCCGCGAAUCGAGACAAUGACGAACCCGCUGAGAACCCGGGUCCUCUUGCUGGCGCUGCUCAAAGUUACACGGGUCCCGGCGUCUCCGCUCUUGCCGCGGCUCUUUCAAACACUGUAGGAACCUCGCCCCCCAGAUUUGGGACGCCGCCGAUACGAUCUGUGUCGCCGGCCGGAGCGGCCUCGCAACUACAACGGUCCGCGACCCCGACGAACUACGGCUCCUUUGAAGCGAAGUCGAGAAAUGCGCAGAGUGGAGGUCCAAGCGCCUACGAAGAUCACGAGAUCAUCAAGCGACAUCUGGUUCAGCCUGCGGAUGCUCUCGAUUCUGGUGCAGGGUCAAACAAUGGCGACAAUUCCAAAGGCAAACAGGUUGGCGAACCCGCGGGACCCGGCCCCCACGGUGAGGAAUUUUCGAGCCUUAGGCUACAGGGCGGAGACAUAACACGGCAAAUCUACAGAUGGACGGAGGAAGCAGAAAGCCGCAGCCGUCAGCAGCGUAGCAAGAGUUUCAGCCACGCUAGGGAGGGGCCUGAGAGCGACGUCCUCGACAUAAAUUCCAUCAAGAUCCCCGGUGGAUUCAGACGGAACUAUCUCAGAAGGGCCGCGGGAAGUCCGGUCGCGAAUCCACAGGGACUGGAGGCUGGAGAAGGCUCGUCGAGGGGUGUGCGCGAACCGCAGCUAUUCACCAACAGUUUCCUCGAGUUUCUAUCCAUCUAUGGACACUUCGCUGGCGAGGAACUUGAAGAGGACGACGAGGUCCUGCGACCUGGCGAGUAUUUCGUUUCCGGAGAGAGCGAGGAUUUCGAUGAGAGCGACGAGGACCACGAGCCUCUUGAGGAUAGCGCCCUGCUGACACCGUCUAAACAUAGGCGGAGGCGCAAGGUCCGAGGCGGUAGCGGCAACAACUCACCUUUCAAUGCGGCCCUGCUCCUCCUGAAAUCAUUCGUGGGGACCGGAGUCUUGUUCUUACCACGAGCUUACCUCAAUGGUGGCAUGCUCUUCAGCAACUUAGUUCUGCUAUUCGUUGCGGCACUGAGUUACUACUGCUUCGUACUCCUGGUGACCACUCGACUGAAGGUCGAAGGAUCGUUUGGUGACAUUGGCGGAGUCCUGUACGGCGAUUGGAUGAGGAAACUGAUCCUGUUUUCUAUCGUCAUCAGCCAGAUCGGGUUUGUCGCCGCAUACAUCGUAUUCACGUCGGAGAACUUGCAAGCUUUCAUUCUUGCCGUUUCCGGCUGUCGCACGUAUAUCCACAUUACCUGGUUGAUAUUGAUGCAGAUGGUCAUUUUCCUCCCGUUCUCUCUGUUCCGGGACAUCGGAAAGCUCGGUUUCACGGCUCUGAUAGCGGAUGCUUUCAUUGUUAUCGGCCUCGCUUACCUUUUCUACUACGACGUUCUCACUUUGAGUGCUAACGGUCUAGCCGACAUCAUCCAGUUCAACCAGAAGGACUGGACGCUCUUCAUCGGCACGGCCAUCUUCACUUUUGAGGGCAUCGGACUAAUCAUCCCGAUUCAGGAAUCUAUGAAGUCGCCAUCCAAGUUCCCGAAGGUCAUGUUCUACGUUAUGAUCAUCAUCACGGUUCUCUUCGUCACCAUGGGCGCCGUAUCCUAUGCUGCCUACGGAUCGAAGACGGAGACCGUCGUCCUGCUCAACCUACCCCAGGACAACAAGCUUGUCAACGGCGUCCAGUUUCUCUAUUCGCUCGCCAUCCUCCUCUCGACGCCCUUGCAAAUCUUCCCCGCCAUUCGUAUCACGGAGAACGCGCUAUUUACGAGAAGCGGCAAGUACAACCCUUACAUCAAGUGGCAGAAGAACAUGUUCAGAUUCUUUGUCGUGUUCCUCUGCGCCCUUAUCGCGUGGGGGGGUGCAGACGAUCUGGACAAGUUCGUCGCCCUCGUCGGGAAUUUCGCCUGCAUUCCUCUCGUGUACAUCUACCCGCCGCUGCUUCAUUACAAGGGAGUGGCAACAACAAGAACCCGGAAAGUCACCGACAUCGCCCUGUGCGUCUUCGGGCUUAUCGCUAUGGCGUACACGACCAGCCUGACGGUUAUAAGUUGGGCCAGCGGUCCCUCCGGGCCAAACCUGCCGAAGUAUUGCGAUCCCAACAAGAUGUAAACGGAUGGGACGGAUUGAGAAAUAGCGGGGAAGGGAUAUAUAGAUGGAACCUAGCGGAGAAGAUGUUCGGAAUCUCGAGAAUUGUACAAUAUACAGUAUCUAUACUAGCAGCGUCAUAACGUGGGAGGAUACAUUGUGGCUAGAAGUAUUUCCAUCUGGGCUGGGGAUGGGUACAACCCACAGGGAGAGGUGCGUUAGCACGGCAUCUCCUGACUGGAAUGGGCCUUUUGAUUUUAUUUACUAGGUAAAUUGCUGAAGGCGUCCAUCGCGUAUAGAUGGGCGAGGUUCUCAAGCUUUAGUAUAAUAGGUAGCAUGCUACCGUGCACACAUAUAGUCCUACUAUAAUUGCAAGGCAGUUGGGCGUUAUUCAAUAUUGGAUAUUCAUCAUUUGAUGGAAAACCUCUUGAUAACGAACCUUGGGUGAUGUGCCCGAGGACCCCCUAAUAACCCCCCCAUUACUCCAAUUCAUUUGCAUACCAUGUAGUAGGGAAGUAGGCAGAUGCCUAAGACAGUGUGGGCUUGACCUGGAAAUCCAAGACUACCUAUUUAUAUACACUGUGUACAUCCUCUAUGAGUACCUCCUACCUACUGAGGUACCUCGUGAAUCUGGACCCGGCUGACUAAUCGGGUCAGUGCGCUUGCUCAGGUAACU